UUUAUUAUUUCACACGUUGCGUGGUUUAACCUAAACAGGAAUAAACUUUUUUCAAUGCUAAAGUAUUCUUCAAAAUUUAUUAAAAAUUAUACGCUUAACGAACUCUUAUUUAUUAAGUAUAAUUUAUAUAAUUUAAAAAGUGUUAAUAAAUUUGUCGCGGUUACAUGAUAACUUAUAAUGUCACUUUGAAAAUAUAACCCUUGUAAUUGGUUUAUAUACAUUAUUAUAUAAAUUAAUAUUAGAAAGAUUACUAAAAUGUUGUCAUUGAAUUUAACUUCAUUUAAUGCAUCAAUUAGAACGUUUCCGUAUUGGCGAUUAAGUUCGUUAUUGAGUACAAGUAUAAUUAAUCCUGAACACAAUAACUUAAGUAAGCAAGAAGAAAGUGUUAUUCAAAACGAUGACAAAUAUCCGAAGAAAGAAAAAGUAUUACAAAGAAACACAAUUCAACAAACAGAAGUAUCACGGAUAUCGCAAUCUUCAAACAAAUUACAAAAUAGAACUAAUUCUUUUAUAUCUUUAGAUGAAAAAAUAAUUAAAACUACAAAUACUAAAGAUUUGAUCGGUAUUAUGAACGAUCCAAAUAUAACAAUCGAUCAAGUUAAACAAAUUAUCAGUCAAAUUUCUAAUUUAAAACCUGACGUAGAAAAAGAAAAAUCAACUUCUGCAUCUGUAGAUACUAAAAAAGAUUUUGUAAAAAUGGAUACCAUUAGUAACAUUGGAUUUUUACCAUUGUCAACACCCAAAAUAAUUCAGAUACUCAAAACGUUAUCGUACACAAAUGACAGAAAUGUACCUCUGUUAAAAACAUUGACCUAUAAUAUCGCUAUGUACAGCAAGAAAUUAAAUACAAGAAUGUGCGGAGAUAUUUUGUACAGUUUGGCUGUUUUAAAUUAUCCAGAAGAGGUGUUAUUGGAGAAAAUAAUGUCUAUUUUACGCGAAGAAUUACUCGCGAAUGAAAACGGACCCGUUAUGGGUUCAAUAGCAAUGUCCUUAAAAUUACUUAAGUAUAAAAAUUAUAACGUAUUAGAUACCAUUGUCUUAUGGGCCAAUAAUAAUCUAGAAAAGUUAAGGUUUCAAGAUUUGACCUCGAUUAUGGGAUGUUUAGCUAUGUUUGGUUAUAUUCCUAAACAUAUGGAUAAUCUUCAGGAUUAUAUAAAUUCAUUAACCCCUGAAAUUACAUCAAACAAUCAGUUGUGGCUAGAUUUUGUAUGGUCUUUGACACUUUUGAACAGAGCGUCUAAGGAACAAAUUUCAUCUGUAUUAUAUCAUAAAUUCAUUGAAAGAAUUAUAAAUACACGUAAUAUUAAGAGUAAAAUAAAUGCGCUCAAGAUAUUGAACAUCAAUGCAGCUGUGCGUACUAUUGUGAAGGAUUAUGAUGGUCCAUAUAAUAAAAACAGGGAUUUAUUUUCAAUAGUCGUUGAAUACAAAAAACAAAAAUUAGAACUCAUUGAAGCUUUGAGUGAGACAUUACAUCAAAUACAUCCUCUUUGUUUCAAAACAAAUAUUAAUACACACAUGGGUUUUAACAUAGAUGUAGAAAGCUGCGUGGAUUCAGAUAAUAGAUUAGUAAAAUAUGUCGAUAGCAGUCCAAAGAAUAUGAGGUUAGUGUUAAUGGUACAUGACUAUCAUGAUUAUUCUCGAGGAAAGGAAGAAAUAUUAGGAAUGCCUAAAUACUAUAAUGAUCUAUUAAUCGCUCAAGGUUAUAGGGUAUUAAAUGUUUCUUACCAAAACUUCAGUGCAAAUGAUAUACUUGCUAAACGUGUAAAAUAUUUACAAGAUAAGAUUAGUUCGAUAUAAACGUUUUCGAUGUAAUUGAAUUAAGUGUAACUAAAAAGAUUAAUGAAAAUAAAUUAAAUUGCUUAUUUA